GAGCAGUGGCGCAUGGUGCCGGGGUGCCGGGAUGUUCUGGGUAUUCUGACAGCGGGGACAGAAGUGGAACAGCCAUGGGCAUGGGACAGCCCUACUCCAGCUGACUCUCCUCUGGGUGUCCCAAUAGAAGGGCUCUAUCCCCUGGCCCUGCCCUCGAAAGCACCCUCUCUAUGCUGGGACAGUGUGGAGCUAGACAGGGUUGGAACCUGUUUCCCGGCCCCCAGAGGUGUCUGCUGGGUGCCCUUCUCAGACUGGCCCUAGACCACACAUUCCUGGGAUAGAUACUCUGACUUGGGACACCGCUCCCUCACACUGCAUAAGCUUGGACAAGACACAGCCUGGGGAAGAGCUGAGCAGACAGACUGACCUGAUGUCCAGCCACCCUAGCGCACCUGGCCCACAGCCCCUCCUCAUGCAGAUCCCACAUCGUGCUGGCACGGCCACCCUUGGCACCCACAGUGCACUCAGGAUGGUAGAGGUCUGCAGAGGGCCUGGCACCAAAAGCAGCAGGGCCACAGGACUUGCAGGAAAGUAGCUGGGGACGCCCAGAGCUGGGACUGUGUGUGUAGUGGGUAUCUGGACUGAGGCCAAGAAAAGGGCUCCUGUGCAUUCGGACCACCAAGGGCCAGUCUACUCUCUGUGCGCAUCCAUGUUGGAAUGGAGAGGGGCAGAGCCUUGGUGGCCUGGGGUUGGACUAGAAGUGUCCCAGCUCCAACCACCUGGGGAUAGAGGAGAGAGUGUCAGAUUAAGGCAGGGUCCAGAGAGCUUGAACAGAGAAACUGAAGCAGGAACCCACACCACCCUUUGGAGGCACAGAGACACUGGCGUGGCUGACCCUGGCCUGAGGAAGGGUCGGGAGGUCCCUCUUGGUGGGCUCUGUGGGUUGGGGAGCAAGGACUGCUGGCCACAAGGUGUGUGCUCCCUGGCACCUGGAAGGAUGCAGCCAGCUGUGCCCUCAGGUUAACAGUCCCUGUCCAGGGACCUGGGCCAAAGUUCACGUCUAGAGAGUGAGAAGUGGACAUUUGCCUGUGUUUUGCAAGUCAAUGAUUCAGGAGCAAAGUCCUCCAGGGGACAGCUGCCCUGAGACGUGUCAGCCCCUCUUCCUCCACACACUGGGUGGGGCAGGGACUCUCGGAGUGUCGGACACAGGGCAAUCCCGGAGACGACCGGGGACCGGGGGUCCCUUCGGCCGGACUUUAAAGGGGAGUCGGGACGAGCGGGGCGUGGCCUACUUCUCCCUGCAGGUGAUCUCGGCGCGUAGGGCCUUCCGCGUGUCGCCGCCGCUCACCACCGGCCCGCCGGAGUUCGAGCGAGUCUACCGAGCCCAAGUGAACUGCAGCGAGUACUUCCCGCUGUUCCUCGCCACGCUCUGGGUCGCCGGCAUCUUCUUCCACGAAGGUGCGGCGGCGCUGUGCGGCCUAGUCUACCUGUUCGCGCGCCUCCGCUACUUCCAGGGUUACGCGCGUUCCGCGCAGCAAAGGCUGGCUCCGCUGUACGCGAGCGCGCGCGCGCUCUGGCUUCUCGUGGCGCUGGCGGCGCUGGGUCUGCUCGCCCACUUCCUCCCCGCGGCCCUGCGCGCCGCGCUCCUCGGAACGCUCCAGAAGAUGCUGCAGACAGCCUGAGACUGAGGACGCCGGGUGGGCAGAGCUGGAGUAGAGCCGGAGCCUCCUGGAGGACGGGGAGGGUGCUCGUUCCCAUCGCAGUCUCUCAUUAAAGUGCCGUGACCGGA